AUGGACCAGCUUGCCAAGGACAACGAAAGGCCAAUACCAUGCAGCCUGAAACUAUUGGCUCUUGUUCUAGUUCCUGGUUUGCUCAUUUCUGUCCAAUUUGCAAGAUUCAGCAACGCUGCGUCGACUCAAUCAAUACUUCAGACAUCUUUUUCAUACUUUGAAGAGGUCGAUGCACCAAGAAUACGAAGCUUUCUAGGGACUUCAGAUCCAGGCAAAGACGGCGAAGCUAAAAAUAAUUCUUCCUUAAUACAAUCGGUUUCAAAUCCGCAGUCUUUGGAAUCAGAUCAGGCUUUCGCAUCACAAAUGCUGCAUGAACCGAUUCCAAUUGAAGUAUUGAUCCAACACAACACCACUUGUCCGGAAGGAUUGUUCCCCAUUGAAAAUACCCAUCUGCCACGAUCAGUAACGCAUUUGGAAGGUCGAAGGAUCCCGAAAAUUAUUCAUAUCACCAGCAGGCAUCGCUGUGCAACAAGCGCUGUUAUAAAAAAUGUCAACAAAUGGCGUUUCAAUAAUUACUCCGUCUACUUUCAUGAUGACAAUGCCCUCCAUAAACUCUUCGCACAUCCGCAUACUAGGAAUCUGUUUCCAACACUGCGCGAAGGUCUCAAAUGUGUCACAGCCGGGGCUACGAAAUCGGACCUUUGGAGAUAUCUGGCUCUUUAUGUUUACGGUGGUAUCUAUACCGAUAUUGAUAACUCGCCCACCAAAUUCAAUGGCGAGACUAUCCAGCCGGACGAUGAUUCUUUCUUCCCAUUAGAGGGUUUGGGAAUCAUGAGUCAAUACUUUUUCGCCUCGUCACCAGGGCAUCCGCUGAUGCGGCAAAUGUUGGAGACAGGAGUAGAACGGCUCAAGCUCAUUCCAAACGUCAUGAUCAACAAUCCUGCUCAAAGCACUGGUCCUGGUGCUUGCAAGGUUGGGUUCAUUAAGUUCAUGGCGGAAGUAGGGGUCGAAACUACGGGCUACAUCAAUGCUGGUCUCUAUGUUGGUGCCAACAAUCGUUCAGUAACAGUUGUAGGGAAAAAAGAGAACUCAAGAGAGUACGUUGACAGAGGAGGACUCGGAGAUGGAAACAAAUUGGGCUACUACAAGGCCUUAGGAAUCAAACACUUUAGCGAAUCAAGAAAGGGAACAUCGCCAAAAGGGAAGAUUUCAUGCAAAGAACAUUUGAAGAGGACGAAAGGAACCGACAAGGUUGCCAACUAUAAAUACGUCAAAAAGUUUCAGAAGUAUAUCGAAGUGAAUACCACCAUGAAAGUUUGGAGCGCGGCGCUAUCAGAAUAG